UGUGCCAUUGGACAUGUUAGGAAAAAGAUACAGUGGAGGUGAAUCUUCUUCUGCUGUUCAAAGCAUACUUUAUUUCCAGGUGGGUUUUUGUUGUUUGGGGUUUUUUGGGUUUUUUCUUUCCACUUUUGAUAGUGAAACAACCAAGAAACUCCAGAAACAGUAUUUUUUGAGUUUUGUUUAUUUUUGAUACCAAGGAUGGAGUUACAGUGAUUCCGUGACUGAUGGAGUUCAUGCAUUUGAAAAUAAGACAUAAUUGCCCAGUUUGUUUGGCAACUGCAGGGCUCUAUGGAUUUGUUUCUUUAUUUAAACUUCAAUAAAUUGUAUUUGUGAUAGUGGAAAACCUGCACACUGGUGUGAUGGAGUUCAUAUUUCUUGUUUUAUACUUUUCUUUUUUUGUCUGCCUCUGUGCUUUGGUGUGCCUGUAUUUUUCUGGCUGCCAAGAAAUGACAUAUAAACAUGAAGAGGCAUGUUGUGGAGACAUUUUUUGGAUUUGA